AGAUCGCAGGUCAGCCUAAACCGCAAUGCAGCCUCCUGCUCGCACUUGCACCCUCUACUUCUUCUUCCUCGACUCGUCAUUGGUCCGUCACACCACAGCUUGCCCCGUCGAGCCUUCUUUACUAAACGUUGGUGACUUCCUUCCUGUUUGGCGGUCUCUUCUUCGUGACCCGUCUUUCUUGACGGCCGGACCACAACCAUGGGAGACAUGCAUCCUCACAACACAUCGCAGGAAGGAGACCGGCUACCGAACCAACAGAGUACAUCGCACCCGUCGAUGCAUCAGCAGAGCAGCGCACCUUUCCAUUCUCAAUUCGAAUAUCUCUCUCAAAAUCAAACCCAGUCAUCCAUGGCUUCCGGAUCUCCCAGCAUGACUCCGUAUGGUCAGCAAUCGUUUGACAUGGGCGCAUUGGCUGCAUCACUGCCGCAGAACUUGCAGCCCGGCGUGAUGCAGCGUCCAUAUGGCGGCCCCGAUGCUUCCCACAACGUAUCUACCUCGAGUCCUUAUGCUUCCCAGCAAGCCAUGUUCACACAGCCGCGCGGUCACACCUUCGACCCAGCCCUGUUGGCCAGAGCGCAGCAACAGCAGCAGUACCUCAAUGCCCACUAUGGUGCUCCAGGUCCCAUGCAGCGGCCUCAGCAGCUCGCCAUGCAAGGACAGUUGGCGUACUCUCCGAUUGAUCCCUACGGAUAUGGCAUGGCUCCAUCGCAAUACUCGCCGAUCGAUCCGCGCUUCGUGACCCAGAACUCUUUUCCAAUGGGAGCCAUGCAUGCGGAUAUGACACAAUUCAACCCUCGACCAAUCGAUACUGCGCCAGUUCCAAAUUAUCCUCGAGGACCACCCCGAAAGCCGAAGCAAUCUGGCCAUGCACUAUGGGUGGGCAAUCUGCCCCCUGCCGCCGCCGUUGUCGAUUUGAAGGACCAUUUCUCGCGUGAUGCAACGGACGACAUUGAGAGCGUAUUUUUGAUAGCGAAGAGCAACUGUGCGUUCGUCAACUAUCGCACCGAAGCAGCGUGCGUUGCUGCGAUGAACCGCUUUCACGAUUCCCGUUUCCACGGCGUGCGGUUGGUUUGCCGGCUGCGUCGAGGCACUGCAUCCACUGCGGCGACCCCGACCGACACACAGUCCGAAUCGCAGUCCGCGGCUCAGACACCGCCUGUUGCUGGUGCAGCAGUGGAUGGUGAUUCUGCAGGACCGACAAUAGCUCGUAGCCAUUCCGAGCAGAGUUCACCAUCUCCAGACGUAACGAACGAGGCGGAGGGCCCGCCUCAGUCAGAUGAGAAAGUGCCGGAGAAGUACUACAUCGUGAAGAGUCUGACGUCUCAAGAUCUGGAGGCUAGUGUUAGGAAUGGGGUCUGGGCAACUCAAUCUCACAAUGAAAAAACACUGAAUCGAGCUUUUGGACAGGCGGACAACGUCUACUUGAUAUUCUCUGCCAACAAAUCUGGAGAGUACUUCGGCUACGCUCGCAUGGAGUCCGCGAUCGAGGGCGAGCCAGUAAAUCUCUCCUCGUCUUCUACGCAAGAGGACGCUACUCAUACCAGCGACUCUGACGGGUCCCCGCAAUCCAUUCAUACUCCCGCGACAGCAACAGCACCCAAAGGCCGGAUCAUCGACGACUCUGCUCGGGGAACCAUCUUCUGGGAGGCAGACCACGGCGAGAUCGAGAACGGCGCCGAUACCAAAGAUGCGAGUGCGUCGGACCACUGGGGAAAGCAGUUCAAAAUCGAAUGGCUAUCGACCAGCAAAUUGCCAUUUUACCGGACGCGGGGUCUGCGAAAUCCAUGGAACGCCAACAGAGAAGUCAAAAUUGCACGAGAUGGCACCGAACUGGAGCCCAGCGUGGGCAAGAGGUUGGUGCAAAUGUUUCACCGGCCUCAGCAGCCUCCACAGCCUGGAACGAUUAUGCCAGGAGGUAUGCAAUUUCCUCGAUAGCAUCAAGAGCGGCGCGGUCAAUUCUUUUUCAAGCGACAUUCUUGGCGGACGACGACGAAUGACUAGCAGAAUACAUGCUCAAACCGGUAGGACAGUCAUCACAUGGAGUUACGACAUGACGGCAGACUUUGUGCUGUAAUUUCUGGAACUUGCUCAGCAAAGCAUCUGCAUUUCGAUCUUUCACCAUCUCGGCGUCUCGUCCUUUGAAGCGGCUUGUAGAGCGUAGGAUCGCGAUCUGUUCUCCAUGUACAUUAUACCAAACUUCAGAGAUCUAUUUGAUGAAGCAAACGAAGCGGAGGAAUCCAUCAGUAAUGCAGCAUCAUCAACCCUGGAAAUUUUUCCCGUGCCGUGAUGGGUUUCUCGGCCUACGCGACUGGCCGGCUGGAACGAUUUUACGCCAUAUGCAAAAGUGGGAAUCGCAGUGCGACGACUUGGCCCGGCGCUAACUGCGAUGAGAACGGAGCUAUUCUUGAUUGUUAAACAAAAUUAGCGUGCCAAUUCCUAGGCAAUGCAGGGCGUCAAACUGGGUUCCGGAAUAACGCCGCUACUAUAGAUCGUUAGCAUUUCGUAUCUUUAUUCCUAUAAUUAACUCUAAGCUAUAAUCUAG